CGCGGAUGCCAGUGGCAUCUUUGUCGAGCUACUCAGCCAGAUGGGCGCCCGGUGUCUGCAAAAGUGGAGCUGGAACCCCAACAGCGCAAGCAACAGCGAGUCGACCAAAGUGGGCAUCACUCACGUCGUCUUCAAGGAUGGAAGUAAGCGAACUCUAGAGAAAGUCAGGGAGGCCAACGGAGUGGUCCAGUGCGUGGGUGUGAGUUGGGUCCUGGACUGCGAGCGCGACAACGAGUGGCUUGACGAGUCGCCAUACCAUAUCGACACAAGCUACGUUCCUCGCGGGGGCGCACGCCGCCGGAAGAGCAUGGAACCCAAAACUGUCUCUAACCAGAACGGCUCUGCGGUCAGCGGCUCGCCCAAGGAGAGACGGGAGUCAGCCUCCUCUUCUUCUUCUUCUCCCAAAACACCCAAUCGUAGGCAGAGCAGCAUCUGGAUCCACACGCCGUCUGAUACUAGCGAGGAGCAAGAGGAGAAGGAAGAGGAAGACAUUGAAUGGUCUAACCUAAUUCUAACCCCUGUACCCAAGACCCCAGCUCCAGAGACGCUUAUGAAGUAUGCUACUGAGACACCGUCCAACGUUGAAGACGAGGAUGCAUACGAGGAUGAAGAGAGCCCGUCAUUGAGGAGAGAAGAGUUGAUGACCCGGACCUGUCCACCCAAGGCACAAAAGUUUAUGGAGCUUGGCGGUGGCAUUCUGUCUAGGGACAGUGAUGAGAAUGUGAUGAUGCGGCUGAUGGCAGCUCGGCGCAAGAGUUUGCAAUUUGCUCCCAAAGUGGGCAGUCCCUUGGCCAAGAUGUGGCAGUAGGGAGUGAUAGUCUAUGGCGACGAUGAGCAUGAGCGCGCGGUGUAAAUCGAAAUCACUUCAUUUUUCGGCUGAUAUUUUUUUUUUUUGGCUCGGGUCUUGCCCGAUGAUGAACGUUGACGGUUAUUUUCAUGGAUCAUGGGGAAACGGACACACAGAACUAAAUUCAAACAGAUAUAGAAACGCUUGCAUUGGUUAGUCACUCACUUUUGGAAAAAGGGGAAA